AUCGCGGAAAAGAGAAAACAAAAUCGAUCAAACCACAACAGCAAAAAUGGGAAGAACAACUCGGGAAACUAUCAGAAACGCCAAAAUCUCCAAGCAGAUCACUCAAACAUCCAUGACUCCCGAGCAGUACUCUGAGCUCAAAGUUUACAUCAAGUCCAUCAUCCUCCCCGGCACUCCCGCUUUCGAAGGUGAGCGUUUGGGCACCAAGGAAAGCAAACAGAUCUACAAAAAAUGGCUCAACAGCGUCCUUGAGGAGGUUGGGCCGAGAUUUUUCCCCGGAGGAGCGAAGGGAUGGGUUUGGCCUGAGAACCGUUACGAGUAUGUUUUUGUCAAUUCCUUUUUUUAUCUUUUUGUAGUUUUUGCUUCUCCGGUGGGCGCUCUCGUGAACUGACAGUGGAGUCAUUUCACAGAAUAUAUAAGGCUAUUCAUCAAGUUGUGCGUACCCUGAGUAUCAGGGUCAGAAGGGAUUACCAGAAGAGAGAACUCACAACUUCUCGUGAGGAGGGGGGCGACAAUGAGAUGGUGAUGGCCCAAGACAAUGACUUUUAUGAACACAGGAUGGUUGACGACACUGAUGUUGCUAAUGUUAAGGUGGAUGUUAUGAUCUCCGAUAAGGAUAAAAAAUAUGUGCAGAGGGAUCAGGGUGAGGGGAAGAUGUUGGCACUAAAUGAGAUGGCGGGCAAGGAGAAUCAGGACGACGAUAUGAUGGAAGAAGAAAUGGACGCAGAGCCGAUUGAGCUGGAGGACUUGCUUGGUUCGAUGAAGGUAUGCCCACGAACCCCCUAUAUCGCAACUUCCAGGAUCUGUAGAAACUGACAACUACCCACCAUAGCCCGAGGUGUUUGGCCACUUUCCGAAUUUGGAUGAUGAAUAUUUCGAUUGGGACGAAAUCAUGGACCCCAAGAGCCCAGACCCGGUGCGUCAUCCACCCAACGUAGGCAGUGGGCCAGUGAGGUGCACGAUUUCGGAGUGUCAAAAUACUAAACUUUGGGGAACAGAUUGCGCGCCUCCUCCUGCUGCUUUCCUAACUUAGGAGCAACACUAUCGCGCCGCCCAAUUCAUGGGGGCUGCUUCUGAAUACUCAGUUUCUUGCUCUCCCUCACUCAUGGGGCCACAAGCAGAUCAGCAACGGUGCCGGCCCCAUUAUUUAGAACGACUAAUGUUCAAUGACAAAAAAGUUAAACCCCUUUUAUAAAAUAAAAACAAACAUACACCC